AAUAUAUCAUGGGCUACUUGCAACGACUUUACUAUUGAAAAAGGAAAAGAUCAAAUAAACGAAUACAUUAAGACAUGGCAAUACGAAAGUAAUUGGCUAUACUGCAUUGAUUUCUUGAAAGAAGAUGAUCACCCUUAUAAUAAAUUAUACCGAUAUCGCGUCUUAUGGAGUAUACCUACAAGGCGAAAACCCAUCCCUAGAGCUACUGCUGCUGUUUAUUUUACGAUAUGCCUAAGCGAAAUAAAGCCUAAAGUGAGUUAUGAUGUUAUACAGUACUAUCCC